CGUCCAACACCCAACACCUCCUGCCCCCAACGCAAGCACUCGGCAUGAGCGGCGUCGCCGGUCCGUCGCGCACGCUCAGCGCCGCCGACGUGCUGCACGCGCAGCUGGGCGUGUGGUACAUGCAGGCGCCGUACGCCGAGAGCGACGACGCGGCGUGCGCCGAGGUGGGCGUGUGUCUCUGGCUGGCACGCCUCGUCGCCGGCGUCGAGCCGCCGCCGCGCAGCUACGCCGAGUAUCUGCACCUGCUGCACGCCGCGCUCGACGGCAACUGCGCCUUUACCAACGACGGCCGCCGCGGGCGCGAGGCACACGUGCACAGCGUCAGCGACUGGCUUGCCGCGCAGGUCAAGCGCAUGGAGAGCAAGCCCAACGGCGUCGUGCUGCUGUUGCAGGACCUGCAGGGCAUCUUCCCGCUCGAGCCGAACAAUCCGCCCACGCAGGACGUGCGGCGGCGCAUCGGCCGGCGCUCCAUGCUGGGCAUCUUCCUGCGCCGCGUGCGCCUGGCCGUCAUGCGUCUCGACGAGGCCGGCAUGGCACGGCUGUGCGCCGAGAUGGUCGACUACAUCGACGGCACUGGUCAAGAGCGCGAGGACAAGGCGCCUCAGCGGGCUCAGCGCGCGGUAAAUAAGAGGCAUGCAGCGUGGCUCAAAUACGAAAAGGCGCAUCGUGCCGGCGACUACACCGGUGCUCUGCGGCAAAUGAGCUACUUCUUCGACAUGUUCCCGCUCGGCGCGCCGUCACCAAUCAAGGUGCUGCACCACCAUGCGCUCUUGCAUCUGGCGUACUUUCACUUUGAGACUGGCGGGCUGGCCGAGUCGCGCAGCGCUCUCAAAGACGCGAUCCACAUGGCCCGCCUGCUGUCCGACACCGACGCCAUUCUCGCCUGCGACUCACUCGUGCGGCGACUCGACCUGGAGGCGCGCGACGAGGCUGUCGUUGGUCUGACGACUUCAGAAGUCUCUCGCCCCGCGAUACGCCCACCGUACGAGCUGGACGACUUGUGGGAGGCCGAUCACGAUUCGAACGAGGGCGCGCCUCUGUACUCCGUUCUCGCUCGACUAGUCGAGGGCAUCUGGCUCUCCAAUGCACGCCCACAACCGAGCAGACAAAUUUCGCUGGGUCCGAGCCUGCCACGCACCAGUGUGGCGCGAUCGAGCUAUCGCACAACGAGCAGAGAGGCGCGCAUCUGGCAUGAGCUUGGCCACGCGCGAGUAGCAGCGCCUCUGCGAGAGUCGUGCUGGGCUGCGAGUGUGCAGCGGGCUCGGGCGCACGAGGCGGAGGUGCGGCUUGAGUGCGCCAGUGGAGAGGCUUGGCAGCUCGCAGAGGCCGGCAACUUCGACGCGGCGCUCGCUGUGCUUCUCGACGCAGAUCUGUGCGAUUCGCUCUCGGCGCAGCGCUACGCUCGAUGGCAAGCCGAGGUGCUGCGCGUGGUCUGGCUGCAAGCGCGGCGACGAGGCGAUGCUGCCACCAUGCACGAGCUGCGCCUGCGUCGACCGGAAAUCGAGAAGGAAGUCGAUGGCGUCGUGGCCGAGACUCUGCCGCUCGCGAACUAUGCACGACCGGCCGAUGUCGGGGAGGGUGACCGGAAGCAAGAUCGACCUGCCGCCAAGCUUAGCUUGCUGGACUCGCUUAGGCUUGCACGAGAGUUGGCGACGGCGCAACAGGGAGCAGCAGCACUGGACGCUCUCCUGAGCUUCCUCGCCCAGGCCGAGCGGCAGGAUCGCAUCGCGCUGCACAGACAAGGCCUCGUGCUGCUGGCGGAGCUGCAGGCCGAGCACCUGGAUAUGGCUGCCAAGGCGUGUGCCACAAUGGAGGAGGUUCUGCCUGCGGCUCUUGCCGACCACAACGCCGAGCACCGCGGCGAUGCCGCCUUCACGUACGGGCGUGCACUCCUGGCUCGCGGGCAGGAGGAACCUCGCAUCACUCCUCUUGCAGCUGUGUGGUUCGACCGAGCAGCCGAAGGUGCGCACUCAGCGCCCGGUCCUCCGUGGCAGCUCCGCUGACCUGUGUCGCAGCGUACCGCGUCGCCGGCGCUCUCAUGAAGCAAGCCGCUGCGCUGUGCUUCCGCGCCGAGCUGAACCAAGCUGCAGGCGAGCCGUUCGAGCAGCUCGUCGACGCGCUCGAGGCCGUCGAGGAGCAAGCG